AUGGAUGCAGGAUCUUUGAACUCUUCUUCAUACUUGAAAGCACAAUCCCGGUUCCCUCUUCAAGAACAGUUUCUUCAUAGAAAAAAUUCUAAAGAAAAUUGUGAUAGAUUUAUACCGAACCGAUCAGCCAUGGACUUGGAUUACGCCCAUUACAUGCUAACAGAAGGAAGAAAAGGAGGAAAAGAGAACCCAACAGCUACAGUCAACUCACCGUCAAGAGAGGCCUACAGGAAGGGACUUGCAGAAGCCUUGAACCUGAACCGGACACGAAUUCUAGCCUUCAAGAACAAGCCUCCUACACCAGUUGAACUGAUCCCUCAAGAUCAUUUAUCCUCCUCUCUUCACCACCAGGCCAAACCCGCCAAGCUCCGCAGGUACAUUCCUCAGACGUCAGAGAGGACAUUGGAUGCACCUGAUCUUGUGGAUGAUUUCUACCUUAACUUACUGGAUUGGGGCAGCAAGAAUGUUCUAGCCAUAGCUCUUGAAAACACAGUUUACUUGUGGGAUGCUUCAAACGGUUCUACCUCAGAAUUGGUCACUGUUGCUGAUGAAGAUGGGCCUGUUACUAGUGUCAAUUGGGCUCCUGACGGACUCCACCUUGCUAUUGGCUUGAACGAUUCUCAUGUACAGUUAUGGGAUUCUGCUUCUAAUAAACAGCUAAGAACGUUGAGAGGUUGCCACAGAUCGAGAGUUGGGUCAAUGGCAUGGAAUAAUCACAUCCUCACAACUGGAGGAAUGGAUGGUAAAAUCACCAAUAAUGAUGUGAGAAUUAGAUCACACAUUGUUGAGACUUACAGAGGGCAUCAACAAGAGGUUUGCGGGCUUAAAUGGUCAGCUUCGGGCCAACAAUUAGCAAGUGGAGGGAAUGAUAAUCUAAUUCAUAUAUGGGAUAGAUCUAUGGCAUCAUCAAACUCAGUCACACAAUGGUUUCACAGGUUCGAGGAGCAUACGUCUGCAGUGAAAGCCCUGGCUUGGUGUCCUUUCCAAGGGAAUUUGCUAGCCUCUGGAGGCGGUGGAGCAGAUAGAUGUAUUAAGUUUUGGAAUACGCACACAGGUGCAUGCUUGAAUUCCAUAGACACUGGGUCUCAAGUUUGUGCUCUGUUGUGGAACAAGAAUGAGAGGGAACUGCUUAGCUCUCAUGGGUUUACUCAAAAUCAACUCGCUCUUUGGAAAUAUCCAUCAAUGGUGAAAAUGGCUGAGCUCACUGGCCAUACCUCUAGAGUCCUUUACAUGGCUCAGAGUCCGGAUGGUUGUACAGUGGCAACAGCAGCAGGGGAUGAAACAUUGCGAUUCUGGAAUGUUUUUGGAGUUCCAGAAGUGGCCGCUAAAGUUGCUCCAAAAGAAAACCCUGAACCAUUUUCUCGCUUCAAUCGCAUACGCUAA